CCUCAAGAAAAUUCAAAGUGUGCAAAAGCUCACUUUCCUAAAUUCUCACUCUCAGCUAGCUUGAACUUCACUUGUGUGAGAAGAAAACAAGAUAUGGAAACUAGGAUGUCCCCAGUGAAUCAAGUACCCGCAGAAAAGAUAGUCACGGAGAUGGCGCUCCUACUUCAGCAGGCGAUAGUCGGCUACAGAUUCCAUCCCACGGAGGAGGAACUAAUCAAUUACUUGAAGUCGAAAGCAACCGGAUGCAGAGAAACUCUCUCCAUUAUUCCGACACUAGAAAACAUCUACGAAAGUAAUCCGUGGGAUUUACCAGCCAAAUUCAAUGAGAAAUCGAUCAUUCGAUCCAGAGAUCAAGAAUGGUGGUUCAUAUGUCCACAGACGCAGAACCAACGGAUUGGCAGGAAAACACCAUGUGGUUCUUCUUGGAAGAUCACCGGCAAACAUAAAGAUAUUAAGGCAGAAAAUGACGGCAAAAAGAUCGGUUUCAAGAUCACAUUAGUUUUCCUUGAUGGCCAAAAUUCCAAGGGCACUAGAUCCAACUGGGUCUUGCAUGAGUUUCAUUUGCAUCCAGAUGAUAUGGGUUUCGUUCUUUGUUUCCUAAAGAUGAAGCAAGAUGAGAAGGCAGAUAACCAAGAACCAUCUAUCCAGGCAUUGAGGAACCAACCAAACCACGCAGCUAUGGCAAUGAAUGGAGACUUCUCAUCUACUCCACAGUUUCAGUGUCCCAAAGUUUCUUUCAGCGAGCUAAUCAAGGAUGGAACAAAAUCCGUAGCCCUGAUACCAGAAGACAAUCACCACUCCUCACCUAAUCUGGAGCAUCUCGCGUGGACUAAAAAUUCCUCUAGUAUCGGAAAUUCAUCAGGAAGGGGGCUUGCUGUAUCCCCUACUAGUGAUGAGUUAAAUUUCCCAUGUCAUUUUCUUAAUGUUGAUGUUUGCAGUGCAAUUGAAGCUCAAACAGAAAAAAUGUAUCAGCAGAAGGCUGAUUUAGUUCAUUCCUUAGAGGAGAAGGUAGAUGAGACGUCUGGAACUUCAAAGUUUAUUGGUGAACAAGCAGAUAAGAGCUGUGAUGGCAUGGAUUGUGAUAACCCAGAACAACUUCCUUUUGCAGAGCAUCAUGUCCAAGAAAUGCAGGACCAACUGAAUGAGCUAAUCAUGAACGGGAGCUCCUGUAGUGCUGAAAACUCAUCCAGCAGUGGCAUGACUAUUACCAACGAACGGAGUAGGAACGAGCCCUGGACGUCCCCUCUUUAUCAUGAUUCAUUUCCUGAUGGCGAACAUUUUAAUUUAUGUGAUCUGCUUCGUGAAACUGAAGCAGACACAGGAGUAAUUCAGUAUGGCCAACUUGGACAAUCUAGCUGGGACAAUCAUUGGGCUAAUAAGAACCAGCGGCCUGUCUAUGACACUCUUGAGGGAGCUAUUGCAUUAGAGGAAGAGGAAGGAUUUGUUGAACAGAAACUCAACCAUCCUCAUGACACUGAAAAGAUCAUAACAGAGUGUGCAUCUUCUGAUGGAGCACCAGCAAAAGCAAAGGCACAGGCUUCAGAGUUCAAAGAGAAGGAAACUACCAUGAUUCAGCCACAGCAGAAGUACCACGUGAAGAUUGAAUCGAAUAACAUAUCCAAUUGGGAGAACCGGAAUAAUUCACUGUCACCAACGAGAUCAACUGCAUCAACCAGCUGUCGCUGCCAAAAUAAAUCCACCAUUGAUCCAAUUGAGCUUGCCUUGUUAUUUGCACUUGUUCUUCUGGUGUACGUGAUUGUUGAGGGAAUAUGAAGAAUAUCUGAUGAAAUCAACUAGAUGAUACAGGUCUAUGUGUUAAACCAGGGAUUUUGCUGGAGAUUUCAACAAAUUCCAAAGCUGGCACAAGAUCACUUCACUUGCUCUGAUAGAUUUUGAUGGGACUAUUGCCGACUUUUCUAAACAUUUAAGUUGUUAGAUAAAUGCGUGGUUUAUUAUUUAAAAGUUUUAACACUUC